GUAAACAAUUGUCAGUCAGUGUCAAAAAUUUCCUCCGAGAGGAUCCGUGUCCCUGGUGUCUACGGCGAACCGAAAUCUCCUAGCUUCGGGAAUCAUGAAGCCCCGAUGGAAUCUUGUGGUCUCCCUCGGCAUAUUGCUGCACAUCGUCACUUUAGCUAGUGCUAAAGCCAUCAUCGACCAGAAAGCCGAGGAAACACAGAACAGCAAUGUGCCGGAACAGACGGUAGGCGCCCAGAAGCGAAUCGGUUACGACUAUCCGGCGCCCGCCGAGCCAAUAACCUUCGAUGAUCAACACCACCAUCACGAAGAAUCCUUUGUGGAUAAUCUUCAGGCGGUACCGCUGGUCGAUGAUCACCAUCACCACCACGAGGAAGCGGUGAUAGAGGAUCAUCACCAUCAUCACGAGGAGCACCAUCCCGAUCCGGGAUAUUGGAAGAAGAAACUCAUCUGGAAGGAAGGCUGGAAGAAGAUAUGGAAACCGGGCAAGAAGCAGAUCUGGAAGCCCGAUUGGAAGAAGAUCUGGAAGCCCAUCUGGGUGCCGACGCAGAUUCCAGUGUGGAAAGACAUACAGGUCCCAGCCUGGAAACAAAUCUGGAAACCAGUUUGGAAGGAAAUUCAGGUUCCCGCGUGGAAAGAAAUCCAAGUGCCGGAUUGGAAGAAGAUCUGGAAACCAAUUUGGGUCCCGAUAAAGGUACCAGCAUGGAAGGAGGUGCAAGUUCCGGCCUGGAAGCAAAUCUGGAAGCCAGUGUGGAAGGAAAUUCAGGUGCCCGAUUGGAAGGAAGUUCAAGUGCCAGCGUGGAAACAGGUUUGGUAUCCGUCGUGGGUGAAGGUAGGCAUUCCUGGCGAAAAGUUCCUGGGUAAGGAUCACGACGGAUGGGAAUACACCAGCCACGAUCUGUGGAAGAAGAAACUGGUGUGGAAAUCAGCGUGGAAGAAGAUCUGGAAAACGGAACAGAAGCAAAUCUGGCGAACGGACAAAAAGCUAGAGUGGAAGGCUGCUUGGAAGCAGAUUUGGAAGCCAGCCAAGAAACAAAUUUGGGUCGAAGACAAGAAGCUAUCUUGGAAGGAAGCUUGGAAGCAAGUGUGGCGAACUGAGAAAAAACAGGUGUGGGUUCCGGAGAAGAAGCUCGAGUGGAAGGCUGCCUGGGUUCAGACGUGGAAGCCUAGCAAGAAACUCAUCUGGGUCCCGGACAAGAAACUCGAGUGGAAGGAAGCCUGGAAGCAAAUUUGGGUGCCCGCGUGGAAGGAAACCUGGGACCCGGCGUGGAAGCAGAUUUGGAAACCUGUGUGGAUCUCCGAGUGGUUCCCAUCGCCCGAUCCUCACGAGCAUCAUCAUCAUCACGAAGUCGAGUCCGGCUGGGACCGUAAGGAUGCGGCUGCCGGGACGAAGGUCGUUUUCAAGCGAAGCGAAACUGCUUCCGCACAACCAAAGGCCGUUGAGGCUGCCCCGGAAGCGGCGGCCAUCAUCACACCGGCGGUGGUGAAAACCGACACCACAGAGAACAAAUCCGUCUUCCGGUUUCCCUGAGCACAAACUCACCCUGCUAGAUCCUAAGCUACUCCUAGACAUUAGUACCCUCGUACACACAAAGUCAUCUAGUUGUUAACUAGAGUUACCCCAGUAUUUAAUUAAUUUUAAUCGAGAACGUGUACAUACCACAAAGCUAGACAAAAAGCAAACACCUAGUGCUAAGUAUUUGUUUUUUUUUUUUACGACAAUACUCGUUUUCACCGUUUUCCAGUGAUAAUUGUGAUUCCACACUAAUCGAACUGGCCGAUCGUCAGUUGUCAUGAAUGGCAUGAAACGAUGAUCGGUGGUUUCAUAAUCGCCAUCCAUUCAUCCUCUUCAGCUGUAAGAAUGUUAUCUUCUCGUUUUGCUCAUGUGAAUUAAUGACUAAGAAUGAAAGAUUGAAAAUAAUGAAAUCAUUGCCCCAUAAGA